CACUGCCGCCGCCGCCGCCAGUGUGUCCCGAGCGCCUCGGUGACAGCAUGUUGGGCAUGAUCAGGAACUCGCUGUUCGGCAGCGUAGAGACGUGGCCGUGGCAGGUCCUGAGCAAAGGGAACAAGGAAGAAGUCUCCUUUGAGGAAAGGGCCUGUGAAGGAGGGAAGUUUGCCACAGUGGAGGUGACAGAUAAGCCUGUGGAUGAGGCUCUGCGGGAGGCAAUGCCCAAAGUCAUGAAGUACGUGGGGGGCACCAAUGACAAGGGAAUUGGGAUGGGGAUGACAGUCCCUAUUUCUUUUGCUGUGUUCCCUAGUGAAGACGGCACCCUACAGAAGAAAUUAAAAGUUUGGUUCCGGAUACCAAACCAAUUUCAAAUCAACCCACCAGCUCCCGGUGAUGAAAGCAUCAAGAUCGAGGAACGGGAGAGCAUCACUGUCUAUUCCACGCAGUUUGGUGGUUAUGCCAAGGAAGCAGACUACGUAGCACAUGCCGCCCAGCUGCGAACCGCCCUAGAGGGUGUGGCCACCUACCGGAGUGACAUCUACUUCUGCACUGGAUAUGACCCUCCCAUGAAGCCCUACGGACGUCGCAAUGAGGUCUGGCUGAUGAAGACAUGAGUGACUUGCUGAGACGGGAACUUGCUGGAGGUGUGCACCUGUGUCCCCUUACUCGGGACACAGAAGGGGUGAUGCUUCUAGAGAUCCACCCGCGACUCCAGCUUGACCAACUUCCUUCAAAGCCAGGCACUGCCAAUUUUCUGAAAUAAACACCGAGGCUCUUUUUGUCAUGGUGGAAAAUAAUACAGCUGAAAUAGGCAAGCAUCCUUCUUAGGGAUUUAAAAAAUUCUGUGGUAGACCAGGAAAAGCUGGCAGCAUUUUCCCGGCCAUAUGGGUCACCAAAAACUGAUUUUUUUUUAACUACUGAAUUUGUAUUUUCGUUACUGAGGGGAAAAUGUGAUUUGUGCAUGAUUCUGUGAUUCUUAUAAGAGCUUUGU